AUGGUGAAGGUCCCAAAAGCGUUGAAACCUGACUUUCGUCGUGUAUCUAAAGAGAAAAUCUCAACCCCUAUUGCCAUACCAACCAAACACCCGCCUUCUAUAUUACCCCCAAAGAAGGUGAUUAAAGCAUUGUACGAUUACGACGCAAGCGCCCCAAAUGAGCUCUCCUUUUCUAAAGGCGACUUUUUUCAUGUGGUCGGGGAAGAAAAUGACCCAAACUGGUAUGAAGCUUGUAAUCCGGCCACGAAUUUACGGGGACUCGUGCCUGUCACGUAUUUUCAGGUACUCGAGAAAAGUGGUCGACUAAGUGGGAAUGAGAAAGUUGAUCCAAACGCAUUCUACGACCCGUCAAUAGGUGGACAGAAACCUCAACCAUUGUAUGGAAUCGUAUUGUAUGAUUUUGCUGCUGAACGCCCCGAUGAACUUAAUGCUAAAGCUGGCGAACCCAUUAUCGUGAUUGCACAAUCGAAUCACGAAUGGUUUGUUGCGAAACCGAUUGGACGUCUUGGUGGACCUGGACUGAUCCCUGUUAGUUUUGUCGAGAUAAGGGACCAUUCAACUGGCAAAGCGAUCGAAAAUAUACAGGAAUUAAUGGAUAAUUCAAUCGUUCCAAAAGUAGAAGAGUGGAAGAAGAUGACACAGGAUUAUCAAGAAACGAGUAUUUCAUUAGGGAAAUUAGAUUUCGCCGGCGAUUCUAAGCUAGUACCGGUUGGAAUUGAAUCGGAUCCUAAGUUAGCUCCUGUUGGUAUAAUGGAUCAAGGGAAUAAUAACGUGGAGUAUGAUCCAAAACUUGCUCCAAUGGGAGUUGGUGGUGGAUUUGACUAUGCAGCUACAACUGAACAAUCGUAUGAAUAUGAUGAUGGAUACCUUGCAGGAAGUCAUUCAGAUGGAUCGGAUAGACCAUUUAUGACAAAUUCAUCAGGUUUACAAAAUAAAGUUGCUCCGUCAUCCCCUCCGUUAUUACCAUCAAAUGUUCUUGGUAGUUUCAAUGUAAACAAUAUAAACAAUAACAGCAACAAUGAAAGAUCAUCUGUGAGUAUACUGGACGAAAUAAUAACCGCCUCAGUCGAGUCAUUUCUUUUCCAGGAUGAUCGAUAUUGGUUUUUGGUCAGGGUUGAAUUAUCAUCAGGUCGAUUCCGUACAUUAUAUCGAUUAUAUGAGGACUUUUACGAAUUUCAAAUUGCCCUCUUAAAUGAAUUCCCCGCUGAGGCGGGACGCACCGGACAACAGAGAAUUUUACCUUUUAUGCCGGGCCCACUUUCAUAUGUGAACGAUAUGAUUACUGCACAACGGCGAGCUGACUUGGACGUUUAUAUUAAGGAAUUAUUAAAUCUACCCGAUUACAUAUUACAACAUCCACAAUUACAACAAUUAUUUGGUAUACGAGAGGGUGAUUCAAUAAGAAAACAAACCUCAUUGACCAAUGGCGCAUUUAACCAUUCACAUAAUGGAUCUUCAUCGUCUUCAAUUAUUGCUGGUGGUGGUAAACAUCAAACGCUCUCACAUCAAGACUCUAAUCAACAGCUACGUUCAAAUGCAGGAACGAAUGGAAAAUCAAAUUUCAUUAAAAUUAAAAUAUUCUAUCAAGAAGAUCUUAUUGCGAUACGCGUGCCCGCAGAAGUUUCUUUUGCAGCAUUACGAGAGAAAUUAUAUGAUCGUCUUGGAGGACAUGUUACAAAUUUACGCUAUAGAGACGAGAGAACCGGUGAAUCAUUUGAACUCGAAGAUGACGCCGAUUUACAAGCUGCAAUAGCAAACACUCCAAAAUUAAUAAUUUAUGCGGAAUAA